AUGCUAACGAGGGACCUCGCAGCGACGCUGCAGGAGAUGCUGGUUGAGAAAAAACCAUCCGAGGAGCUUUUCUCACCACACGUGGAGGAGCUGCGGGCGCUGAUCGCCCAGGAGGUGCGAACAGAGAUGCGAGGUGCACAGCUGCCCUCGAUCCGGAAAGGCGCGCUCCGUUGUAUGGCGGAAGCGGGUGUCCCGUUGAAGGACCUGAUGAUGAUUUCCGGGCACGCGAAGCAGGCCACGCUGCUGCGCUAUCUUGGGUAUGGCCAGCAGCCUACGGUGGAGGCCGAGACCGCAAGGGACAACGCCGGAAGAGCGCUAUUCCAGACCCUCGAGGCUGCGGCUUCCGUGUUCCGUUUCCGAUCGCAAGAGUCAUCGUGCGCGAAUCUCGGAAUCGCACCACAGGAGGUGGCGGCCAUGGUGGACCAGAUGUCCGGUUUCAUCCAAGUGCUGACGGAGCGACCGGCACUCGUGAAGCAGUGGCCGCUGCACCUGAAACGGAACACACCACUGGACAUGGAUACCGUGCUGGCGAUGCCGACAAAACGCGCCUCAACGAAGCGGUUUCUCCAGCGAAUCCAGUGCUUUCUGGAUCCCUCCUUCUACGAUGGGUUGCGGACGUCGAGGACCAUCAAAAAGUGCGUGCUCACAACGGCGGAAAUCCAACAGGCGGUCGAGAUGGGCAAGUUCGAACUGUGCCCGAUCAGCGACAUCGGCGCCCAGGUGCAAUUGCCAGAGGGCAUGCACGGCGUGAACGUCUUCACGGUGCCGGAGCUGAAAGGACGACGACGCCUCAUCACGGAGCCCCUGCUGAACCGCGUGAUUCCCAAACAUCACGUCCCGCGCGUCCACUACGACACGCGCCUCGGAAGACGACAGCGGCUGCGAUACGCCCGUUACAUGCUACAGAUCGACUUCGAAGCUUAUUACGACGCUAUCCCGAUCGCGGCGACACUCCGUAACAAGUUCGUUUUUCGAGCCAGGCAUGACGGGCGAUACUACCGCCUUCGUACUCUCCCGACCGGCGCGCGAUGGAGCGUUGCCGUCGGCCAGGCGGUGACGUGGACGAUUGUCGACAUCGACACGCCCGUCACCAUCACCACGCUCAUCGACAACAUUCUCGUGGCCGCACGCGAAGGCCAGGAGCGUGAGUUUGUGCUCGCGGUGCGCACGGUCGUCGCACGCAUCAAGGCGGCGAACCUGAUGACGUCACCCAACCGGGACGAGCUGGAGGCGAUGUCGGACGAGGAAAUCCUGCAGCUGGCGAGUGCCAACACCGUUUUUCUCGGUGAAGAAUACACAUGGAAUGGCCGAGAGCGGCUGAUCCGCAACUCGGUGAAGACGGUGGCGAAGCUGAAGCUUGCGCUCCAAAAGACCAGCCACACCAUACGCAGUCUGGCCUCGCUCAUCUCGCUGAUCUUCUUCGCGCUCCAUACCACGCAAAUGAACCCCGCACGGGCAUUCAAGCUGCUGAGAGCCUACCGAGGCAUAUACCGGCUGACGUUCCGCGGGUACGACUGGGACGACGCGGUGCCGUACAUCGACUCCUCCGUGGCGCGGUCGCUGCAGGAGAUCGGCGGCGCACUGGUGCAGAAUCCGUGGUGGAAAAUCUCGGACGAGAGACACCCAACGACGGACGAGGCGACCUAUGACGCGGUGGCCUUCACCGACGCGUCGCUGGAGGGCUGGGGUGCUGUGCUUCACCUCCGCGACGCGGGCGCCACAGAAAUGUGGACCUAUCGGCAGCGCUGGACCGAGGACCUGGAACGGCAACUCGGCGGCGACGACGGCGAGGCGGAACGCGUCCUCGAAAAACUGCGCCAGUACCAGCUGCGUCGCCGCGUCCGCUCGGGUGGCCGGUUCGAGGACCCAGACCUGCAGGCAGACCGCUUCCAGGCGCGGUACUCGGCACACGCGGAACCACGCGCGGCUCAACUAAUGCUGCGACACCUGGUGGAGCACCACAGGGUUCCCAACGGAGCGCGAAUCGCGCUUGCCACGGACCACCGUGCGAUUGUCAUUGCGCAGAAACACCUGAACGGUUUCGGCGGCAUUGGCAGAGGCUACGCCUUGAACAAACUUUUCGAGUACACCUACGACCUCUGGUACAACAGAGGGAUCGACGUAGUCUUUUUCUACGUAGAGGGUGCGCGGAAUCCGGCGGACGCCUACUCGCGACACUUCGGGGUGGACGCGACAGGGUCGCUGGAGGUUCACCGGGUUGAACCGUUUGGCGUGCCGUUCCUCCGGCACAUGUGGUGUCCGCUAUGUGAAGAGCGGCGCCGCGAGGAGGGCGGCGAGAUAUGA